AUCCUCGGGUCGCCCAAAAAGAAAAGGUCAUGAGUCAUGACUUCAUGGUGUGCUUUUGAAGUUGAAGGGGCGACUUUUGGUCCUUGAAGUUCAAGUUAUUGGAGCACUUUUUGCAGCUUUCUCGCAGAAGCCGUGGCUUUGGUGGUUUAAAGGUCUGAAAGGUGGACGAGUAAGGACCACUGAGAAGGCACCGGCUUUCCAUCCUUUUGUACACUGGGCAAACGGAGGCGAACACUAGAAAUCUUGUUGAAUGUAAAGCUGGAGUAGGCUCCUAAUGAUGCAGCGAAGUUGAAAGCAUAGAAAGGGCCCUCUGAUUAGGCGCGCAGUUAUAUGGCGGUUGUGGGGUGCCCAUUGGCACUGCAAUUUUGAUAGUUCGCACUAGAACCACUGAGUUGCACGCAAACUUCUUAAAAUUGUAGAGCCUCCUAGCUUGUUUCUGCUCAAUCGAGGUGAAGUGCACAAGUAAGUUGCCAUGUCAACAUCCGGUGCUACCCGCUCGGGUUCGCACGUUUCGGGGGCCUCUUCGGGGUCGUCCAAAAGCAAGCAUGGCAUCCGGGCAGCCCAGACAUCAGCUGAUGCGCGCCUCAAUGCUGCAUUUGAGGCGUCGAAUGGGUCCGGGUCGUUUGAUUACACGCAGACGGUGGAUGCAAGCAAGACCAAUAGCGAGAGCUUGCCAAUCUCUCAGGUGACGGCGUAUCUCCAGCGCAUGCAGCGGGGGGGGUACGUGCAGUCGUUCGGUUGCAUGAUCGUGGUAGAGGAGGAGAGCUUCCGCGUCCUUGCGCUGAGUGAAAACUCGUUUGAGAUCCUGGAGCUCAGCCCACAGGCGGUCCCAAACAUCGAUGGCGAGCAGGCCCUCGGAAUUGGCACUGAUGCUCGGAGCCUAUUCACACCCUCGGGCGCGGCAGCGCUCGAGAAGGCGGCCGGGUCUGCUGACCUGGCGAUGGUCAACCCAAUCUUCGUCACCACCAAAUCCGGCCAAAAGCCGUUCUACGCCAUCAUGCACCGUAUCGAGGUUGGGAUUGCAAUCGACUUUGAGCCGCUGCGGCCAACCGACGCGAACGUCUCGGCGGCGGGCGCGCUGCAGAGCCAUAAGCUGGCGGCCAAGGCCAUAAGCCGGCUGCAGGCGCUGCCGAGCGGGGACAUCAAUUUGUUGUGCGAUACGGUCGUGGAGGAAGUGCGGGAGUUGACGGGGUAUGACCGGGUGAUGGCGUACAAGUUCCACGAGGACGAGCACGGCGAGGUCAUCGCCGAGAUCCGGCGGUCAGAUCUUGAUCCCUUCUUGGGCCUGCACUACCCGGCCACAGACAUCCCCCAGGCUUCCCGGUUCCUGUUCAUGAAGAACCGGGUGCGCAUGAUUGCCAACUGCCACUCGGAGCAGAGCAAGGUUGUGCAGGACUCCAAGCUGCAGCAGCCCAUCAGCCUGGCGGGCAGCCAAAUCCGAGGUGUCCACGGCUGCCACCGCGAGUACAUGGCCAACAUGGGCAGCAUCGCGUCCCUCGUCAUGGCCGUCAUCAUCAACGACCCCGACGACGCGGGCACCGUCACCGGCACCUCGAGCGCGUCCACCGCCAGCGCGGGCCCCAACAAGGGCCGCAAGCUCUGGGGCCUCGUCGUGUGCCACCACACCACGCCCCGCAUGGUGCCUUUCCCCCUGCGCAGCGCCUGCGAGUUCCUCAUGCAGGUGUUUGGUCUCCAGCUGAACAUGGAGGUGGAGCUGGCAGCACAGCUGCGCGAGAAGCACAUCCUGCGCACGCAGACGCUCCUCUGCGACAUGUUGCUCCGCGACGCCCCCGUCGGAAUCGUCACCCAGACCCCCAGCAUCAUGGACCUCGUCAAGUGCGACGGCGCGGCGCUUUAUUACCAGGGCCGAUUCUGGUUACUGGGCACGACUCCCACGGAGCCUCAGAUCAAGGACAUCGCGGACUGGUUGCUGGAGAACCACAAGGACAGCACGGGGCUGAGCACGGACUCGUUGGUCGACGCGGGAUACCCCCAGGCAGCGGAACUGGGCGAAGCCGUGUGCGGGCUGGCCGCGGCGAGGAUCACGGCUAAGGACUUCCUGUUCUGGUUCCGGUCAAACACUGCCAAGGAGAUCAGAUGGGCGGGCGCCAAGCACAACCCCGACGAGCGCGACGACGGGCGGCGGAUGCACCCGCGCUCGUCGUUCCAGGCCUUCCUCCACGUCGUGAAAACGCGGUCGCUGCCGUGGGAGGACGCGGAGAUGGACGCCAUCCAUUCGCUGCAGCUGAUCCUACGUGGCAGCUUCCAGGACGUCGAGAGCCAAAACGACAAGUCGCUCAUCCAUGCGCGGUUGAGCGACUUGCGCAUCCAGGGAAUGGAUGAGCUGAGUACUGUUGCAAACGAGAUGGUGCGGCUGAUCGAGACGGCGACGGCGCCGAUUCUGGCGGUAGAUGCGAACGGACAGGUCAAUGGCUGGAACGCCAAGGUGGCUGAGCUAACCGGCCUCAAAGUGGAAGACGCAAUGGGCCGGUCGCUCUCCAAAGAGCUCAUCGUACCCGAGUUCCAAGAAACAGUCGAGCGCCUACUCUACCUCGCUCUCAACGGCGAAGAGGAGCAGAACGUCGAGAUCCGGCUGAAGACGUGGCCUGACGAAACCGACAUGGACCCGACAUCGCGCCGCGGCGAGUCCGUCAUCCUCGUUGUCAACGCGUGCUCGUCGCGCGACGUGAACGAGAACGUGGUCGGGGUGUGCUUCGUGGGGCAGGACAUCACGAGCCACAAGAUGGUGCAGGACAAGUACACGCGCAUGAUGGGCGACUACCAGGCGAUCGUACACAACCCGCACGCGCUCAUCCCGCCAAUUUUCGGCACGGACGAGUUCGGGACGACAACCGAGUGGAAUCCCGCGAUGCAGAAGCUGACGGGGUACCCGCGCGACGAGGUCGUGGGCAAGAUGCUGGUCGGCGAGGUGUUCGGUCUCAGCAUGAUGCUCUGCCGCCUCCAGGAUCAAGACGCGUUGACCAAGUUCAUGAUCGUGCUCAACGGCGCGAUGGACGGGCAGAGCACGGACAAGUUCCCGUUCGCGUUCCUGGACAAGUUUGGGCGGCUGCAGGAGGUGCUGCUGACGGUCAACAAGCGCGUGGCCGCGGACGGGGCCAUCACCGGCGUCUUCUGCUUCAUCCACCAAGCGUCGCGAGACCUCCAAGACGCGCUGGCGGUGCAGGCCGCGGCCCAGAAGGUUGCUGAGGCGAAGGCGAAGGAGCUGGCGUACAUCCGGCAGGAGAUCAAGAACCCGCUGGACGGCAUCAUGUUCACGCGCUCCUUCAUCGAGCACACCGACCUCACCGAGGACCAGAAGCAGCUCGUCGAGACGAGCGCAACGUGCGAGAAGCAGCUGCGCAAGAUCCUCGACGACAUGGACCUCAACAGCAUCGAAGAGGGCUACUUGGAGCUGGACUGCGCGGAGUUCACGAUGGCGAGCGUGCUGAAUGCGGUGGUGAGCCAGGGCAUGAUCACCAGCAGCAAGAAGGGCCUGCAGCUCUUCUGCGAUACCCCGCCCGAAUUCAAGACACUCUCCGUCUUCGGGGACAGCUCGCGUGUGCAGCAGGUGCUCGCGGACUUUUUGCAGAACGCGAUCCAGUUCACCCCCCAGAACGGCUGGGUCGAGAUCAAGGCGACCCCGGUGCGCACCAAGCACAUGGGCGGCAUCCAGACCGUCCAAAUGGAGUUCAAAGUCAGCCACUCCGGGGAAGGCCUCCCGGAAGACCUGCACCGCCAGAUGUUCGACCGCGCCGACGCGCAGAGCAAGACGCAGGAGGGCCUGGGGCUCAGCAUGUGCCGCAAGCUCGUGAAGGUGAUGGGCGGUGACGUGGCGUACGUCAACCAGCCGGGGAAGCCGUACUUCCGGGUGGACAUCGAGCUGCCGCUCGCGCAGCGCGAGGACGCUGCGAGCGUUAAGUAGGGCGGCGGGGGGGCAGUGUAGAAGGUCCGAGAGGGGGGGGGGUUUGGAGUAUUUCGGGAGGGAUGCUCGGGCGUCUCGACGGAGAGUGUGCGGGGCACUUGAGGGUUCGGAGGGAGGUUUGUAGGGGUUUGCGUCGGUUGUGGAGGGUAGUCCGUGGCGCCUCCGUUGGUGGGUGGAGGGCAGUGUGCGGCUCGCACUAAGCGUAAUUUGGUGGCGCCCUAUAAUAGGCGAAGGGGAUCGGGUUACGGCGGAGGAAGGCAAAGCCCCGGGGGUUGUGCUUUUGAGUAGAAGAAGCCCCGGUGCGUUAGAAUCAGGAGUUGUGCCCGGGCAUGAACGGCCCGAGCACCUAUGGAAGUAGUGCAGAUGACUGCAGGUCCAUGAUUGAGCGGUGGGGACCAGUAGCUGGAAAGCAAGGGCGUAUUAGUAGCCGCCUUUGUCGACUUCACUUCGAUGGUUCGUGUAGGAUGCCCCACCGAGCGGCAAAGUUCGGGUGCUUUGUUGUAAUACGGGUUCCGAAAGACGGCAGAGUGAAAGUGUGCAUACAGGCUUCGAAGGAACCUUGGCACCUGGCUAGGAUGGUUUGAAAAUGCCUGACAAGUUGUCUUUAGAACCUCGUGUAUAUUAGUUGUUCUUGUCGUGCGUAAACCUCAUCAGGGGUGAACCUGUUACUGAUGUUCGAUUGCGG